AUGAGCUUCGACAUCCAAUGGGACAAGCUGGACUCUGGCGUCGCCAAGAAUCUGCAAGACUUCCUGAACAAGCACUUUGAGCAUCUCACCCGACCGUCGUUCAUUGGGCCAAUCUCGAUCAUCGACCUGGACUUUGGCACAAUCCCACCCAACAUCGAGAUCAAGGACAUCACCGACCCGCUGACCGAGUUCUACCUCCCCGACGAGGACGACCUGGACCUGCAGCACGGCAGCGGACCGCUCGAUGACUUUGACUCGCGCGCCGACCGAGGCUUUCCACUCCCAAGCGAUGUCGCAGUAGUCGCAUCGCCAGGGCAUCCGCAUCCAGAACGCAAUAUGUGGCCAGACACCAUGAUCUCGGAGGACCUCAUGAUCCAGCAGGCCGAGAGCCUGAAGCGGGAAACCGAUGCCCAGGUCGAGCUUUUGGUCGAGUAUAAGGGCAAUAUGCGCCUGUCCAUAUCGACCGAGCUGAUCGUCAACCACCCAACGCCAAACUUUAUGGUGCUGCCCCUGACCCUGAGUCUCACAGGAUUUGCAUUCAGUGGAACGCUGCUGAUUGCGUAUCUUGGAACUCGCAUCAAUAUUUGUUUCCAAGAGCCGGAGAGUGGAAAAAGUCUGCUGCAGGAUGUAUUCAUCGAAUCGGAAAUCGGGGACAAGAAUCGCCAGGUGCUCAAGAAUGUCAGCAAGAUCGAGCGGUUUAUCGUGGAGCAGCUGCGAAAGUUCAUUGAUGACAACCUGGUGUUUCCAAACUUUCACUCACUGGACCUGCUCGGUGCGGACGAAGAAGACACUCCCUCGCAUCGCGACGAUCUCGACGACUUUGACUUUGACUGA